GGAGAUGGGAGAUGGGAGAUGGGAAACGACUCCAACCAGUCAAGAUAGGAGAUGGCCGAGGAAGUACAGGGGGGUGGAAGAUGGAAAAUGGCCAAGGAAGUACAGGGGGUUGGAGGAUCGGCGACCAAGGCUGCCGGGAGGAAGAACGUCGUGGGGAAAGGACGAGGAAGGAGGUGCGAGAGUGAUAUGGAGAUGGCCGAGGAAGGAGGGGUAGAGGUGGAAGACGAGAGGAUCGACGAUGGUAAGGACGGCGGGAGGAGGAAGGACGUGGGAAUAGGGAUGAGGAAGAACGCGCGAUGGUGGCAUGGGGAUGGCCGAGGAAGGAAGGGGAGGGCCGGUCACGGGGACAAAGACCGAGGAAGGCCGAGGGAGCUGGAAGGAGGCGGGUGGAGGGACCAGGAAGAAGACGGGAGGUUAGUCGAUGAUGGCCGGAGGGACGACGAGGGAGGUUUGAGGAGGGGGAGCGACGAAGGGACGAGGAGGGAGGUUGGACGAGACUUACAGGGGGGAGGAGAAAGAGGAGGACGAGGGGGGAGGGGGGAUGGAAGGGGAGGUAGGAGAAGGGGGGAACGAGGGGAACAAGGGAAACGAGGGGGAAGAGGAGGAAGAGGGGGAAGGGACGGAGGAGGAGGCAGAGGGGAGAGCGAGGAAAGGGAUGGGGGAGAAAGAGGAGGAGAUAAUGGAGCAAUAGGUGCAGGAGGGGAUCACUGUGAAAGGGAAGGCGUUGAAGAAGCAGGAAAAGGGGUAGAGGAUAAGGAAGAAGAGAAUGCAUGUAGGGAUGGGGGAGAAAGAGGAAGAGAUAAGGGAGCAAUAGGUGCAGGAGGGGAACACUGUGAAAUGGAAGGCGCUGAAGAACCAAGAAAGAGGACAGAGGAUAAGGAAGAACAAAAUGCAGGCGAUAUUGUUAUGCCAGACGCGUUGAUACCAGGGUCACGACUUCUCACCUCCGUCACCAGGGCCUAUGGCAUUGUUGCCACCAAGCCAUCUGAUCGAGGCCACACGGGUAAUCGGGUCGCGAGGAGGCAUAGGGCGAGAGAAGUACUGCUGAAGAAAGUCACGAAACUCUACAUACGUCAUGCCCUCGUGUACACCCUGUUAUGCGCGAAGGGCGAGGAAGUCACGCCACGUGGAGGCAGCUCGAGCCUUGAAGCGAGCGGAGAUCUCGGUAGGCCACAGAUCCAUGGGGACACCAUGAAACCGAAGCUUCUCCUCGAAGGUAGUGAUCCAUCCGUGGAGCUCAGAGGCCUUGUCGUCGAACUGUGGAAGUCGGUCCGGUCGGAACUGGGGUACGUAAGUUGGGGACCAAUAGUGAGAGCCGUGCUGGACUACAGCUACGGCAGGCAGGAGGCGAAGCUGAGGAUAAACGUAGAGGGAGGAAAAGAGGAGGAGAUGAGGGCGGACCCAGACCUGCAAAUGGCAAUUACGGAGGCAAAGGACCGCGCCGAGAGACGAUGCAGACGAGACGGGGUCACAGACGAGAUCAAGGUGAAGAUCACUUACCUGGAGGAGGAGACAUCUACGAACACUGCUGAAUGUGAGCAACAGCAUCUCGACCGCGACACAGAAGCGGAGAGCGACGCUAGCGACCUAGGGUCCGCGACCCAGUCCUGGCACGGACUGGACCAGUGGCGGCGGGACCAUUCGCCCGCUGAGCUUGUGGAGGACGAGCUCGAGCAAAAAGGGAAAGCAAGAGCAGGGCAGAUAAGCAAAGAAGAGAGAGCUCAGAGGGAGAAGAGGAAGAAAGGAUGGAGGGACUAUAUGAUUAGAAUGCUACAAGAUGAUGAUCUGUCUGUAAACUCCACUUCGGAUAUGAGGUUCAAGAGGAUGCUGCUUUCUGAACUGGUGGUAAGUUCCAAGCACUCCACCAACUUGCACAAACUGAUGGGAUUGCAUGAAAUGUUGGAUGAGAAGUGCACAAGGCUCUUCGAGGAAUAUGCUGAUGUUGCAAAGAAAUUGGGUGAGAUGGAGAGGGGAAAGAAUGAGAAAGAAAUUGGAGAGGACAUGGAGGCAGUGGGAAAGGGGCUUCAGGCAGAGCUCAAGGGAAACACUGCGCUCCUUACCCAAAGAUUCUUGGACUAUAUCCCUGGGCUCUUGAAGGAGAUGAGCAGGUUAAGAAAGAAGGAAGAGGAAAGGGAUGCCCAAGUGACAAGAUUGACAGAGGAUUUGGAAGGGAUGAGAAGGGAAAUGGAAGACUUGAAGAAGGAGAAGGAAGAACUGCUAAAACAAGAAACUGCUUUGGAGGUUUCCCUGUCCCAGAAAAGCAAGGAACUGGAAGAUGAGGUAGCAGAAAGGGAGAAGAUGGAAAAAAAAAUUGAGGGUUUGUGCUUUGGGAUCAGUGUGCAAGGGGAAGACCUGGAACAAGUGAUUACAGAAAGGGAAAAGAUGAGUCUGGUAUGAGAGAAAAGGUGGGAGGAAGUACUGGAAGGGAUAAAAGAGCUCAAACUGA